CUGAAUUAUUUAUCCAAUAGUGAUUUGCGUGCUUAUUUAUUGUCAUGAUAUAUUACAAGGUUAUCCAGUUAAUACAUAUUUUAUUUAUCUUGGUUAUUAGCUGCUUAGGAGUUAAAGGAGAAUCAAGUUUGUCACGUGUCUGCUAUUUGACUCCUCAAAAUCUUCCGCCCAGGAAAGUCAACUCUUCUCUCUGCACUCACAUCAUUGCUGGUUUUGGUUCAGUGCGAGAUGGAGUGAUUUACUUGGGAACGGAUGCAGACAAGAAAGUGUUUCGGGAAACAACUGAUUUGAAAAGCAAAAAUCCUAACUUGAAGGUCCUCCUGACCAUCGGAGGUGGUGGAAAUGAUGGUGGCUUUUCUUAUGCUUUCAACUCCACACUAAACAGAACAAGAUUUAUUAUUACAACUUUAGUUACUUUGUAUAAAUACAAUUUUGAUGGAUUGGAUAUUGAUUGGGAGUUUCCAGUUUGGAAUGACAACACCAAAGAAGACAAGGAAAAUUUCGCUAAUUUCUUAAAG